AUGGGAUUUCUCUCCCACAAAAUCUCCAUUGAUGAAUUGAAACCAGGCGAUCACAUCUAUUCAUGGCGUCAGGCCUAUGUCUACGCCCAUCACGGAAUCUAUGUAGGUGAUGGACAAGUCAACCAUUUCACUCGUGGGGAUGGCCAAGAGACUGGAACUGGGACUUUCUUGGAUAAGAUCAUUGUUAGCUCAUCCCCAAAUCAUGGAGAUAGCCCGUGUCCAAACUGUGGAGAUAGAUCCGUCAAGGUUGGUGGCGUAAUCUCCUCUUGUCUCGACUGCUUCCUCGCUGGAGGUGAUCUCUACGUCUUCGAGUACGGUGUCUCUCCUGCUGUUUUCCUCGCCAAGCCUCGAGGUGGCGUGUGCACGAUUGCGUCUUCAGAUCCUCCGGAGGAAGUCAUUUACCGCGCAAACUUCCUCUUGCGAAAUGGUUUCGGUGUUUACAAUGUUUUCAAGAACAACUGUGAGGACUUUGCCAUCUAUUGCAAGACUGGUAUUCUGGUGGCGAACACUGAUGUGGGAAGGAGUGGUCAAGCCGCUACAAUGGCUGCUGCUGCUAGCGUUGUUCUUUCUUCACCACUCAGGUUUGUAACGGGUUUUGGUGGUUUGGCUGUGGCUGGCUAUGGCAUGUACUGCGUCGGUCGCUUGGUUUCAGACAUUGGCAUGCGUUGGGAUGUCAGCAAGGUCCCUGUGGAAAGACUUGUUGCUGAUAUGGCUGAGAUGGAAAAUAGUGAACCGGAGGACAAGAAGACGACUUAA